GAUUUGUUGAAGGGAUUUGCACUUCAGGCCUGAAAGUAUGAAUUCAUAUUCCUGCUGUCCCAGUGCAGUGACCCUGGCCAAACGCCAAAUCAUAAAACAUCUGUCACGGUAAAAAUAAACCCUGAAGACAAUUCACACAUAAGUGCCAUCAAAGGCACAAAUUCUUUAAAAAAAAAAAGCAUUUCUCUCUUUUCACUCUGUCGUUGACCAAAUUUGGAUUGUUUGUUCAACUCUGAACAGCUUCUAACCUCCAGCCCAUCAUACAAGCAUCAGCUGAAAGAGCGAUCCACCAACAAACUGGGUCAGUGUGUUCUUAUGUUCAGCAAAUACCCUGAAGCUUCAGAGGCUCUGGAGUUUGAACAGGGGAACGCCUGGAACAACGGUCACUUUGGCUCUAAUUACUUCUCCAUUGUCACUGUACUGUCAGCUGCUCUCAGGUCAUCUCAGCCCAUCCUCUGCAGCCACUAUGGGCCCCCGGGCAGCCCUGUUUUUCCCGCUAUGGCUCUGCUCUGCCAUGUCCUCCUCGUCUCCCUCCCCUGUCCCGAGUUCCGAAGACGAGCCGGGCUGCUUCAAAGUCAACAGCUGCAAGUGCAUCAUGAAGGACGGCAGCGGAGUGAUCAACUUGAAAGCCGUGGGAGAUGCGGACGGUUUCCUGGAGCGUUUGAGGCCCGUGCCAGCAGACGACGUGUCGGCCGGCACAGAGACCUUCUUUUCUUUCAGCCCUUGCCAGCACUUCUCGGAGCCAGAGGUCACGACCUUCAGCGACUGCACCGCCGUAGCGGCAUGCCUCAUUGUCAGGCAUCAGGGGCUCAGCAGAUACAUCAACUAUGGGACACACGAAGGCAAUGAAUUUCAUUACAACCACACUCAGAAGACGCUGUCCGUCACAUACUUCGCCCGCAGGCCGCAGGCAGCGACGGUGGUGCAUUAUCACUGCGACCCUAGUCGGUCCUCCUCCAUCGUACAAAAGGAGAGCCUGGUUGCAGGGGGGCCCCUGCUCGUCUGGGUGGACAGCCCCUGCGCUUGUCCCAAUGCCUGUGGAAGCGGAGAUCUGGGUUUGGGCACCAUCUUCCUCAUCCUCCUCUCCCUCAGCGCAGCUGCAUACUUUGUCCUUGGCUCCAGCGCUCUCAGGGCUUCUCGGAGCAACGGUGGGAUGCAGAUCUCCCCGGAGCACAGUGUUUGGUGCAUGAUCUGCUACCUGUGCAGCGAAAGACCUGCAAGAAGACGACGCACAAACUGCGAUCAGUGAGCUUCGGAGCAUAACACAUCCAAAGUUUCUGACCCACAGGAGGCAGCAGAAGCAAGUGCUAAACAAAGCCGGGAAUCUAUGGACACAUUCUGUAAUGUAAACAUCACAACGGAACCCCACAUGAUUUCUUCUGGUGAUCGUGGUCCCUGAACUCUCAUGAUUAUUGUGAAACUGAAGAAACAUGUAAAGGGAAUUACAGUAAAAUGAAUUUAUGCAUUUUCCAUGUAUCCAGAAAAUUCAUGUAAGUGUACUGAAAUGUCAUGAUUUCAUCUGCACGGCUGAGAUGAAACAUGGAAGUUUUGGAUGCUUCCCCAUCACCUCACCACACCGUCAGCAUGUGCCAAAACUGACACGGCUUUCAUUUUACCUGGAAUAAACAAACGAUGUUUGA